AGGCAUGUUAAAUGCGACGGUGACUAUCCCAUUUGUGGAAACUGCAAGUCCGUAAAUGGAGAAUGUAGUUAUAGUCAUCCAGGCAGCAAACGAGGUUAUGUAGAAACGAUCGAUGAUAGAUUGAGCAAGAUUGAACAUGUAUUAACGAAAUACCUGGAAGGUGCCGAUGCUCAACAGCAAGCUAUUAUUCAUAAAGUCCCAGAUAAAGCAGCUGAAGAUCCAGAAAUUGAUGUGCAUGACACUGUAAAUAAGAUGAAUGCAAAUUUGCAAACAAGUGUGCUAGUUGAUUCAAUGUCUUCACUUUCAUUGAAAAAGAGUAGUAGAUUUAUUACUGUUAUACAUAAAGAUGAUCCAUCUGAAAUUAAUGAAGGCAGUAGCGUUGUCCCCGAAGAAUUCCAACAAUUCGUCGAACCUCCACUUCCGGAGUCUUACAAGGGUUCACAAGAAUUACCUCCAAAAGACCUAAUGGAUCAUUUGAUACAAGUCUUCUUUACUCGUAGCUACGGAUCACGAGCUGCUAUUAUACAUAAACCAACAUUUAUCAAGACGAUUAAUGAUAAAAAUAAUAAACCUUCUAUUUUCUUAUUGAAUUCUAUGAUGGCUUUAGCAAGUCUUCUUACAGAUGAUCCGAGAACACGCACAGAUCCGGAAAAACCGGAAGCUUCCGGCGACAUCUUUUUUGAACGUGCUUUAAGCCUAAUGGAUGAUUUCAUGGACAGAGCUCGCCUUUCUACCGUACAGGCUCUUUGUUGUCUAUACAACUUUUGUGUAAAAGAUAGUAAACAUUCUUGUCGUAUCUGGAUGUUCAUCGGAAUGGCUGUCAGAAUGUGUAUGGAUUUGGGAUUACAUCGUGACUGUUCGAAAUGGCCUAUUAGCAAACUUGAAAAAGCAAUUAGGACUAGAGUUUUUUGGUCAGUCACGAAUGCAGAAAUUCUCGCAUGUGCUUCCCUUGGUAAACCACUUCCUAUAUACGAUUACAAUACUAAAUUACCGUACGAGAUUGAUGAAGAUGGUGAUGAAGCCCAAUAUAUUAUCAAUUUCUUUCAUCAUUCAAAACUUAUAAAAAUAUACGGUAAUAUUUUACACUCAAAACCUUACUUCUAUCAAUCCGGAUUUUUGCGUAACACAUUACCAGCCAUUGAUGCCACCCUAAGUUCUUGGUUGUUAGCUUUACCUCCUCAAUUACAAUAUAAUCCAAGUACCGUUAACGAACCAGAUCCUCCAAUAUCACCUUAUACUGCCUAUCUACACCAAUUGUAUUAUACUGUUGUCAUUGCUCUUCACAGGCCAUACAUAGAUUCAGAUGAAUUUCCGAAUAUUAAUUCACAAAGCGUAUGCAAUCAAGCUGCAAUAAGUAUCACAAAAUUGUGCAGUUACAUCCCCCCAAAUAGAUAUACAUUAGUUUCCUACGGAGUUAUUGUUUAUUCCAUAGCACAGGCUUGCUCAAUACAUUUAAUUAACAUGAGUGAUUUGGAUUCGUAUAAAAUUGGAAAAAUGUACAUGGAGAAAUGUCUUGAAUAUCUUGAAAGUUUGAUAAAGGAAACUCGAUUAGGUGAUCUAAUCAAUUGCGGUUUAAAGCAAUGUUAUGAACUACUAAAAGCUUUGUAUGAUAUGCAAUUGUCUAGAAUGGGGGAUCCAAAAGUUUUGGCUCAAAAAUCUAUCAAAGGUGGUUUGGAUGAUAACGAGAAUGACUAUAUUAAUGUAGAUGGUGUUGAUCAAGCUCAAGUGAUUCCUACUCCAUCUCCAUUAAUGCAGCAAGAUCCUAUUGACAUUAGAGGUGAAUCUAACCUGUCGGUCCCAACGCCUGUUAUCAGAACCAAAAAGUCUCCAACAAUAAAAAACCAUACGCGUAAACAAUCUUCAAAAAAUACUACGUCCGCACCAUCAUCUCAUCAACAAAUGACACAACCUACUUCCCACAAAUCUACAUACGUUGAUCAACUUUCACAUCGAUUAAUUCCAUCAUCUUAUUUAACUUCGUUGCCUCAUGAUUCCCCACGGAUAUUUAAAAUAAAUCCUACACCUGAACCAUCCCAUCAAUUUCAACAACCACCCAGCCACCAUGUUCAAGGUGGCGAAUUGCCAAACCACCAAUAUAUGGAUAUGUCCACUAUGGUGUCCUUGGGUAGAUCGCUUGCAGAACCACCUGUUGUUCCGUCGUCAAAUUAUUAUGGGACCAACGAGCUUAAUCAAAAUAUGAUUGAAUUCUCUCAACAUAGUUCUGAUAAUGUUUAUUUAGGUGAAUGGGAAAUGAUUGGUGUUAGUACACAUCAUCAAAUUUCGAAUACAAACAUAAACAGCACUGUUUCGUUUAAUCAUCCUUCAUUAACAAGUACUUCGUCGAUUUCUAUGAUGGGGUCAUCAUCUGACUCAAAUUCCUCUUCUCAUCAAGAUCAAACAUCAAAUUACAUGUCAUUUCCCAUGAACAAUGAUCAUAAUUCAUCCAUUUUACUAAAUAGUAAUCAUACUAUAAUGAACCACGGUACACAAGAUUUAGGUGAAAGAG